AUGUCUUCUCUCUACCCCUACACACCCAGUCAUGUGCUACCAGUGGUCUUUGCCAUUUUGGUUGGCAUAUCACUACUACUUCAUGUCUACCAAAAUAAGCGCUACUCCUUCUGGAGAGUCACCUUCUUCAUGGUCUGGGGUAGCAUCGUCUACCUAACUGGCUGGAUACUUCGAGCUAUCGCCAGUUACCACCCAUCCAACCUCAACCUCUACAUUGCGCAGACCAUCUUCAUCUACGCCGGGCCUCCCAUCUACUCUGCUGCUGCGUAUAACCUCGUGGGACGACUGAUGCACUACCUUCCCAUGUUCGCUCCACUGAAUCCCAACCGUGUCGUUUACUUCUUCAUCUAUCUCGGCAUUCUCGCGGAAUCACUCACCGCAGCUGGUGCAGCGCGCAUGGCUGCCUCUGACAGCGACAUGUCCAAAUUGAAAUCCGGCGGAACACUCCUUUCUGUCGCCAUCGUCCUCCAAGCCGUCGUCGAAUCACUCCUAGUAGCAAUGGUCUUCAGUCUGCACCGUCGCUGCAUUAAAAUGGGAAUGAUACCGCCCAACGUCCGUACCGUUAUCUACACGCUCUACGGAACGUCGACUUUCGUCCUGCUACGAUGCAUUUUUCGCGCUAUCGAAUCCUUCACUACAUACACCACCACAACCUGCACUUCAACCUGUGCCUCAAUUCUCCAUCAUGAAUGGUACAUCUAUGCCCUCGAAGCCGCACCAAUGGUCAUUUUCACAUACUGGCUCAAUCUCCUCCAUCCGGGCCGCUACCUCCCUUCUACCCGUGAAAGAUACCUCGAUGUAGACGGUGAGACUGAGCGCCUCGGGCCAGGGUGGAUGGAUAGGAGAUCUGUUUGGGAGACAUUUGUCGAUCCAUUCGAUCUGAUGGGCUUGAUGAAGGGAAAGUCGAAUAAAGAUGAGUUUUGGUUGAGGGUUGAUGAGUGGAGGAUUUGCGAUGAUGGUUUUGCGAGGGGAACGGGGUCGAAUGUGAAGAGGGGUGGGUAUCAGAAGGAGGUGGUUUGAUUUAUAGAUCUUUUAUUUUUAUUUUUUUUUAUUUUUUACGAUCAUUUAGAUUACUAUAGAUUUAAGCAGCAUGGAUAGAGUGAAUAACUGAUUAUCUUAGGGCUCAGCAUGGCCAAGGAAAGUUCCGCCCCCA